CGUUCGUUUCCCCAACGCUGUUAAUGUUGUCGUGUCUCUGAGAAGAAGAAAGAAGAAGAAGACAGUGAAACGCUGCGUUCUGAGAAAUAAAGAAAACAAUGAGGUCUUCUUCUUCUUCGGACACGAUCAACAUCGCUGCCAGUGCUCAGAAACUCGAUGUCGACAAUCGAAUCGCUCUACGUUUCUACCAUCGGAUCGCCGAUAACAUCCUCAGACAGGCUGAUAUCUUUCGUGCGGAGAAGAAUAUUAUUGACCUAUAUGUCAUGCUUCUGAGAUUUUCUAGUUUGGUGUCUGAAACAAUACCACGUCAUCGAGAUUAUAGAUUAUCUCCACAAAGCAAGAAACAAUCACUGAAAAAGAAAUUGGUAAAUUCUGUGAUUGAACUGGAGAAGUUGAAACCACUGGUCCAACAGAAGAUCAAUGAGCUUAAUAGCAGACAUGCAUACGAACAAAAUGGGCAGGGAAAAUUUCAUUCAAAUAAUUCAUUGGAUUUUUCUCCUGUGAAAACACAAACUUUGCCUAGUUAUGGCUCAUUGAAGGCAGUCAGACCAACUGCUGGAGAGUUAAAUUACCAAGGAUCAAGGGGCCAACAGUUCUCUUAUGUUAGGCCUGUGGAAGAGCAUAUGCGAAGACUAUCCUUAACUCUCCCACCUCCAAAGGAGGAAACUCUCUCAAGACAUUCUAUCCUUGGUCCCAAUGGACUUAAAGGGCAGUGGCGGCCACCUACCACUGAUAAUGGGGUUAGGUAUCCAACCAACAUAGAUCUGUCUCCAAUUGAAAUACCAAGCCUACAACAUUCCUUGGAAGCUGAAUCUCUGAAUAACAAAGAUAAUAGCAUUGGAGAACACAAUAAAUCGGAUUUAUAUUCAAUUCUUACCCAGCUUGAGGAUUGCCAGCCCCAGCAUGCUCAGGAACCUCCUUCUCUUAUCUCUUUUGAAGCAACAGAAACCUCUGCUCAAGUAGAAGUUAUCAGACAGCCUUCUCCUCCACCUGUGCUUGCUGAAGUACAAGAUUUGGUACCUGCAGUGUCACCUCAUGUUAAUGGGGCAGGAUGUAAGACAGAGAUUCCAUCAUCAGAUAGUUGUGUUCAUGCUGAGUCUCCUCUGCAACUGCACAUUUCAACUGCUUUGAUGGAGAAUUUUAUGAAGCUUGCCAAGGCGAAUACUGCCAAAAAUUUAGAGACUUGCGGUGUCCUUGCUGGUUUGCUUAAAAACAAAAAAUUUUAUAUUACUGCUCUAAUAAUCCCAAAGCAGGAGUCAACAUCAGAUUCUUGUCAGACUACAAAUGAAGAGGAAAUAUUUGAAGUGCAGGAUAAACGAUCUCUUUUCCCCCUUGGGUGGAUCCAUACACAUCCUACACAAUCUUGUUUUAUGUCGUCAAUUGAUCUGCAUACCCAUUACUCAUAUCAGAUUAUGCUGCCAGAAGCUGUUGCAAUAGUCAUGGCGCCAAGAGAUAGUUCAAGAAACCAUGGCAUUUUUCGGUUGACAGCCCCUGGUGGAAUGUCUGUUAUUAAACAAUGCCAGCAACGUGGAUUUCAUCCACAUAAUCAGCCUCCAGAUGGUGGUCCUAUUUACAAUACCUGUACAGAUGUUUACAUGAACCCAGAUUUAAAAUUUGAUGUCAUUGAUCUUAGGUGAUAAGAGUUGUGCCCUCUGUCCUUGUUCAUAGACCAUACUUUCUUCUAUAUAUAUAGCUUUUAAUUUUACCAUUAAAUCAGCCGUGGCCAUAAAGAAUGUCUCGGCUGUGUUUGUAAAAAGAAGAAAUCUUGCUCGUUGGCCGUUUAUUCUUUGGGUUACACUUAUUCUAACUUUUUACAUUC